AUGUUUUUGAAAAAAGUCUCCGAACCUCGACCACCACAUGAGUCAGUUUCAAAAAAAGCAAGAACUGAGACUGAAGUAGGCAUGGAAUCAAAUUUUCGUUCACCUUUAAUUAAAGAUAAAAGAAAAAUUGAUAAUAAAGUGGUAAAUGACAGGAUGGUAAAGUUUUUGGACUCCAGAAUAAACCCAGAAAAGGAAAACCAUCAUCUGUCUUUCUUCAAAGGCAUUAUACCAAUCUUGAACACUUUAACUAUCGAAGAGACUUUAGAAUUUCAAGCUAGCGUCAUGACAAUGUUGCAAAAAAUUAAAAGUAGGAACUAUGAGAGACCAAAUUACGGACAUUGGCGUGGUUCAUAUAAUCAGAUGACCGGACCAGAUCAGUAUUCUGGAUACUACACACAUAAUAGCGUCAAUCAACAGGCAACAACAUCUAUACCAUCAACUUCAUCUCAGACAUCGAAUCCGAUUCCAGCUUCGCCAUCAGCAUCUAGUAAUCAUUCCAUACAUUCCCAAGACUCAAAUUACUUUGAUUUUGAAGGGAUUUAA